CUAAAAAACACCUCCCUAGGGAGGCGUUCGGGUGGCAUCCUGACCAGAUGCCCAAACCACCUCAUCUGGCUCCUCUCCACGUGGAGGAGCAGUGGUUUUAAAUUGAGCUCCUCCCGGAUGACAGAGCUUCUUACCCUAUCUCUAAGGGUAUCCAUGCACCCCGGUGGAGGAAACUUAUUACGGCCGCUCGUACCCGUGAUCUUGUCCAUAACCCAAAGCUCAUGACCAUAAAUGAGGAUGGGAACGUAGAUCGACCGGUAAAUUGAGAUCUUUGCCUUCUGGCUCAGCUCCUUCUUCACCACAACGGAUCGAUACAGCGUCCGCAUUACUGAAGACGUUGCACCGAUCCGCCUGUCGAUCUCACGUUCCACUCCUCCCUCACCCGAGAACAAGACUCCGAGGUACUUGAACUCCUCCACUUGGGGCAAGAUCUCUUCUCCAACCUGGAGAUGGCACUCCAACCUUUUCCCGGGCGAAAAAGGGUUAAAUUAACCAACUCAUUUGACAAAUGAGUUGGUUAACUUGAGACCUUAAAGACUGACUCCCUCCCAGAUUGGUGGGCUCUCUUUGAUUAAAGCGAUGAAUUAGCGUCGACAGUGCAAACCAGAUAAAUGUGUCAUUCUUCACCACCAUGGCGUGUGCGGCGACUGCCCAUCUUUUGUGUUUGCUGUGUCGUGAGUUGAAUCUCUUCCUCACUCUGCUCUCCUUCCUGUUUUCUGGCUUUGUGUCUGUCUUGUGUUUCUUGACCGUGGUGGACUCCCGCUCUACGAAACCUCAGGAUGACGACGAUGACGAGGGAGAGACGGGACUUACGGAGGAGGAGAAGGAGGAAGAGGAGAAGGAGCAGGAGAAGCUGGGGAAGCUGCAAUAUUCCAUCGACUACGACUUUGAGAAUACUAAGCUCACCGUCGGCAUCCUCCAAGCUGCAGACCUCAUAUCCAUGGAUUCGGGGGGAACCUCUGACCCGUACGUGAAAGUCCUGCUAUUUCCUGACAAGAAGAAGAAGUAUGACACCAAGGUCCACAAGAAAACUCUCAACCCGGUCUUCAACGAGACGUUUGUCUUCAAGGUACCCUAUGAGGAGCUCGGCGGGAAAACUUUGGUGAUGUCCGUUUAUGACUACGAUCGCUUUUCGAAACAUGACGUCAUCGGAGAGGUGAAGAUCCCCAUGAACACCAUCGACCUCGGGAGGCCCAUUGAGGAGUGGCGGGAUCUGGAGAGCGCAGACCAAGAGGAGCCUGAGAAACUCGGGGACAUCUGCAUCUCCCUCCGCUACGUCCCCACUGCUGGUAAACUCACCGUUUGCAUCCUGGAGGCCAAGAACCUGAAGAAGAUGGAUGCCUGUGGAUUGUCCGAUCCCUAUGUGAAGAUCCAGCUGCUGCAGGGCGGUAAACGUCUGAAGAAGAAGAAGACCACGGUGAAGAAGAACACCCUCAAUCCGUACUACAAUGAAUCCUUUAGCUUUGAAAUACCACUGGAACAGAUGCAGAAAAUCCUCGUGGCAGUCACAGUGUUUGACUAUGACAAGAUCGGCAAGAACGACGCCAUCGGCAAGAUCUUUGUGGGCAGCAAGGCAAACGGCCUCGGUCUCAAGCACUGGUCCGACAUGCUGACCAACCCGCGCCGCCCCAUCGCCCAGUGGCAUGCUUUACAGCCGGAGGAAGACAUCGACGGUCAGCUGGCCUCCUUGGCGGCCAAGAAGUAACCCGGUCGCACCUUCUUACUAAAACAUUGCAUGACAUAACCCAAGACCACUUUGCCAAAAAAACUGACUCAAUAGAAAAUCAUCCAGUUGGACACACAUGCUUACCGACAGACUGAAUGGUGGUCUUUCUUUCCAGACUGAGCUCAGCUUUUAGUUUAGUCAAAAGAGCAUGGUUCACCCCGCCUACUAACUACCCCCAUAAUAGAUGUGCUAAAACAACAGCAAUAAAAAGCAAUUUGUUUUGGUCCUUUUUCUUUUAAACAAAAACAAAUAGCUUUAGAAAUCCCGAUUGUUUUUAGGUUUGUCUGUCUGCGCAUUUAGUUCGAUCAAGGUAGAGACUGAGAACUUUUUAGUUUUCAAAGCAAGACGUAGGCAGGGACGAUUGUUGUGCCAACGACCGCAUGGAUGUAGAACCUUACGCACCCUAGACUGGGCACACACUCCAGACUGAGCCAGUAGUGAGACGAGUCACUCUUCAAGUGGUCGGACACACUGGUUCCUGAUCACUCAACAUACCCAAGUCUUGUUAUUGAAGGCUCAUACCAGGUUGACACCAGAAGGCGGUGCUUAGAGUGAACCAAGGUCCUUUCAUGCCUCAAUUCUGGCAAAUCCACCAAUAUGGAGACACAAACCCACCUUGGAACCAACCACUAGCUAGUUGAGCCCACCCUGUGUAUACCCCCACCAGCUUUGUUAAAAAUUAAGGCUUCACUACACAUCUUAAAAGAUUAAAAACUACCCAGCAGUCAACUGCAGAAGUGGGCUGUUGUCGAAUCUUUUCAGUGAUUUCUCAAAAUGUGAGUGUAAAUGCUAACUUUUAAGAUGUGUAAUGUAACGUUAGCAUUUAUUUCCACGUUGGGAAGACUAUGUCUCCCGGCUGGCCUGGGAACACCUCGGGAUCCCCCGGCAGGAGCUGGACGAAGUGGCUGGGGAGUGGGAAGUCUGGGCUUUUCUGCUAAGGCUGCUGCCCCCGUGACUCGGAUAAGCAGGAAAAAAUGGAUGUAAGUUAGCAUUUAGCUAACAUAGCUAUGCUACUGUUGCUAACUUUUGUGUCCUCCUGUCCCGCUCCCUAAAGUCACGUUGUAUGUGACAAACGACAUCUGUUGUGUUGGACAAGUGCAAAGUUAGCGUUUAUUCAUAAAAAGCAGGUAAAGAUCGUCUGGAGCGUGGACUAACACAGCUCGUUAGCAUUAAAGCUACGGACACACACGACACGGUGUGUUUGCAGGACUUUAAACUCUCGAAAUUCCAGCGUCAAAGCUAGCCAAUACACAUUUCCAUUUCAAGCAUAAAUAAAAAUACAGCUUCACCACUUUAGUCACAAUUUUUGCACUUAAGAAACUUCUCCUUGACUUUAGCUCCAGACGUCUUCUGUUUGAUAUUGUCAUUACUCCCACAAGUGGUGGAAAAGUGUAUUACAACUGUAUACCAAUACGACCCAUAGGGACCCCAGCUAAGAAACCGAUUUUUGGUGCCCCUUCAGUGCUUGCGCGCUGUCAUACCAUGGGCCCUGGCCCUGUGGUUAAGAACGCAUUUAACGCCUGUUUUGAGCACUAGGGGUGCAAAGGGCUAGAAUAGGAUGGCGCUAGGAAAGGAGGACAAAAUACUGUACGUAAGUUUGCCGACAAACUUGAGUAUGUAAACCAGGAGACCCGGGGAGGGUGGGUGUGUAAACCAUGAGACCCGGUGAGGUUGGGUACGUAAACCAGGAGACCCAGGGAAGGUGGGUACGUAAACCAGGAGACCCAGAAAGUGUGGUAAUGUAAGCCAGGAGACCUGGAGAGGGUGGAUACAUAAACCAGGAGACCUGGUGAAAUUGGGUACAUAAACCAGGAGACCCGGGGAGGUUGGGUACGUAAACCAGGAGACCCGGAGAGGGUGGGUAUGUAAACUGGGAGACCCAGGGAGGGUGGGUACGUAAACCAGUAGACCCUGGGUGGACGGGUACGUAAAUCAGGAGACCCGGGGAGGAUGGGUACGUAAACCAGGAGACCCGGGGUGGAUGGGUACGUUAAUCAGGAGACCCGGGGAGGAUGGGUAUGUAAACCAGGAUACACGGGGAGGGUGGGUACGUAAACCAGGAGACCCGGGGAGGAUGUGUAUGUAAACCAGGAGACCCGGGAAGGUAUGUAAACCAGGAGACCCGGGGAGGGUGGUUACGUAAACCAGGAGAACCGGGGAGGGUGGGUAUGUAAACCAGGAGACCCGGGGUGGGUGGGUACGUAAACCAGGAGACCCGGGAAGGGUGGGUAUGUAAACCAGGAGACCCGGGGUGUAUGGGUACGUAAACCAGGAGACCCGGGAAGGGUGGGUAUGUAAACCAGGAGACCUGGGGAGGGUGGGCUCUGUGACUGGCCAAAGGUUGGUGCAGGUUUCAAGUGCCGAAGGGCUGAGUUGGGUCUUUGUGUUAAGUUGUCAGCAAUCAUCAGACAUGUAGCCAAAUCUUCUAUGAAACACACAACGUGACCACAUUCAGGACUUUGUGGAACAGCAACAACUCACUGAUGCAAGCCUUUCAAAAUAAAAGUGUUGCCCAGUUUAAAGUGAGUCAGGUUCACUAACUGGAGACGUUCAAAACAAGAGCUUUCAUUUUAGCGUUUACCAAUCGGGGUAAAUGAAAUCCUCUUUGGUAAAGGCGGUGAAGAUGAGAACUACCCAGGGACUAACCAAGCUGUGGAACGUAGCAUGCCUCGCAGCUUCUCCCCGUCGUCAUGGAAACGCUGUCCCAUCAUCCAAGCCAAAGAGCAGACUAGAUGCUAACCUUCAUCAAGAAGCAAAAGCCUUUUCCUCUCUUUCACGGCGGCCAUGUUGGCGCCGGACUCCAGGACGUCAGACUCACUUGUGAAUAUUCCAGUGCAUGUGUGUGUACACCAUCAUGUAAAUAUCAGCACGCUAUCUUCUUCUGUAUCGGUCUUUGUCUCCUCUCGUCUUUUUGGAAUAAUAAAACAGCUG